AAAGUUUGAUGGUUCGGAAGAAAAGAACGCAUCCAUUAAACAAACUCGCAUCAGGUUUUCAGUGACCAGAACUAGAAUUUGCAAGACGGAUCGUACUUCAUUUCUUUUUUUUUUUUUAAGAGGAAGAUCGUAGUUCAUCACCUUUGGAAACCUUAAUCACAUUGAGAAUUCCUUGUUCCAGUAGGUCCAUGUCCAACUUAUACUCAGCAAUUCCUUGUUCCAGUAGGUCCAUGUCAGCUUCGUCAAUCAAGCUCCCUUCAUUCUUCUCUUCUCUCUCCCGUUAUUCCUCUCCUCCUCCUUCCUCAUCUUCUUUCAUCAGUGAUUCUAGGAAUUUCAUUUCCUCGAAGAACAUCUUCCCCAAAGUUUCCAUGUCCCACCAGCAAAAUCGUCACCUUACUUCAGUCUCUGAUUCUGUAACCCCUGAUCGCCCUCAAGGCUCUUCCUUCCAGGGUGGUGAGUCAUUCUUCAGGUGCAUAUUGGCAAGUAUGGAGGCAAUUUAUCUGAGCAGAAACCCGACUGCUAAAUCCAUUUUGGAGCUUGUUCAUUCUGUUGACAACGAACAUAUAUGCUAUGACCAUUUUGCAUUCAGGACCUUUGGGGUAAAUGGUCAUGGAAUUGAUUCAAUGGCGGGGCUUUUCUUGGACUUUGGUUAUGUUCAGCGUGAAGAACUGAGAUUUCCAGCUAAAAAGUUGAAAGCUUUCUGGUUCUCUCCUCCCAAGGUUCAAAGUUCUGAUGGUGGUGCAGGUGUUAAUGGGCCAUUACCGAGAAUAUUUAUAUCAGAACUCCUGGUGGAUGAAUUGAGUCCACGGGCUCAGGAAAUUAUCAGGAGGUAUACUGCUCAAUCAAACAAUGGAAAUAAGCAUUCAUCUCUUGCAAGUUGCUUGGGAUCCUUGACGUGGGAGAAACCGUCAUACGCUGAAUUUCUACAAUUGGCUAGUGAAAGUGAGUAUGCUGCUUGGACCCUUGUUAAUGGAUAUGCUCUCAAUCAUCUUACUGUAUCGACUCAUCGGCUGAAAUCCCAUCUGAGAAGUAUCAAAAACCUCAAUCAAUUUUUUGAGGAGAAUGGUUACAAGUUGAACUCUGAAGGGGGUAUUCUUAAGGUGAGCCCUGAUGGUCUUCUCUUGCAAAGCUCAACAGUAGCAGAUUCAGUUGCUUUCCAGUUUGCAGAUGGCAUUGAGAGUUCAGUCCCCUGUUCAUACAUUGAAUUUGCUGAACGUCUCAUACUGCCUCAAUACAAGAAUUUACCCGAGAAAGAGGUCAAAGAGUUUCACAGACGAGAUGGAUUUGAGGUUGGCAAUGCCGACAAGAUAUUUGAGAGCACAUCCAGUGAUCAGCUAACCAGGAGGUCAGCAUAAAGCAACUAUACACUAGCAUUGAAGCUCUUGUGGCUUUUCUUUUUUAAAAGGCGAAGCUCUUGAAGCUUAGGUGUUGGGUACUCAAUACUUGGCCAAAGAUCUUGUGAAAGUUGUAGAUUGCACCUUUCUUUUUGUAAGUAUCGAACAAAAUGACACAUGCUACUGUAAAGCUAUUCUUGCAUUUGCUGGAAUUAAAGAGCUCUAACACAAAAUGAAACUUUUGCUGUGGUU